AAAAAAAAAGAUAGAUAGAGGUAAAAUAUUAGACAUAGAAAAUAAUAUAAGCAGAUGAUUUCGUUGCUGGCUAGAUUAGAUAUUUCAACAACAAUAAGAAUCCAUUUGUAAGGCUGAAUAAACCUCACUUGAAAGACUUUUGAUGGAAAAGAAAACUACUGUGGGAUAGUUGAACAUACAAUCUCUGCAACGUUCGAGACACCGCUGGAUCUUGCAAAAUGUUGAAUGAUUUAUGUAACUCCCUCCUCUGGUCAUAUCAAAAAUGGGGCAACCUCGCUACGCUGAACCUGACGCUGACAUCUCGAGUGCCUGAGGAAGUGCGGCACAAAGUCCCUUCUCACUGGUACCAGUUCGAUGCCCCUCAUCCGUUGUGGCAGCCCAUCCUUGGCACUCUUUACAUUAUGAUAGGCUCCCUCUCGGUCACCGGAAACAGCAUCGUCCUCUGGAUCUUCGGCACAACGCGGAGUCUGCGGUCAGGCACGAACCUCCUCGUCAUGAAUCUCGCGCUCUCCGACCUGUGCAUGAUGCUAACCCAGUUUCCGGUGCUGGUCACGAAUUGCUACAACCAGCGAUGGACUCUCGGCGCUCUGGCGUGCGAGGUCUACGGUUUCUGCGGGGCACUGUUUGGCACUGUGUCCAUUAUCACGAUGGCACUCAUAGCUAUGGACAGGUACUAUGCCAUCGCUCAACCCUUUAUCGGAUGGAGGCUGAGCUACGGGCGUGCGAUUGUGUGGGUGUGUGGGGCGUGGGCGUACGGCGUGGUGUGGUGCUGCCCUCCGCUCCUCGGCUGGAAUGAGUACGUCCUUGAGGGAUUCCUCACCAGCUGUACCUUCGACUACCUCAACGAAGACCUCUGGAGUCGUUCGUACGUGUUCGUGCUGUUCGUAGGGGCGUACUUGUUGCCUCUCGCGAUCAUCACGAUUUGCUACGGUCGUAUUUUCUCGUCCGUCUCUCGCCACGACCAGAAGGUGGCCAGGGAAAACGACUUGGGAGACCUGAGCUCCGUCAAUUUUCACCGAAGGGAGACUCAACUAGCUCGCGUUGUGAUCAUUUCCGUGUGGUUUUGGGCAAUGGCUUGGACACCAUACGCCGUGAUCUCCCUCAUGGGCAUCCUGUCAUGGCGCGAAAACCUCACUCCACUGGCGUCUAUGCUCCCCGCUCUCUUCGCCAAACUCUCCACCGUCUACAACCCUUUCAUCUACGCCGUUUCGCAUCCGAGAUACCGACAGGAGCUUGCCGUGAGGUUGCCCUGGCUCUGCUGCCGCUUGCCGAUAGAGAGGAGUCACUCGAUGUCCAGGCAGCGGUCUCUCACGUCUACUGUCUCCCGAACUUCUUCUGUGAAUAAUUAUAGGAAGGACCUGCCUAGCCUGGACGCCCUGGUUUCGUCAAUGGGAAGCGAAGCAAGCAAGAGGACCUACAAUACUGACCUGUAAAUGGAUGAGUAAAGAAUUAGAUGAAUGGGAAACAGGCUGAAUCAACUGGAUGAAUUGGGAGCAGGAUUGGGAACAGGUUAAAUGGAUUAGAUGAAUGAGAAACAGGUUAAAUCAUUGCGAGGAUCGAGGAGCUGGUUGAAGGCUCCCAGAGAUCGUGUACGUUCUAGGUAGGUAUGUAUAUGCAACGUGUGUGUGUGUGUGUGAGAGAGAGAGAGAGAGAGAGAGAGAGAGAGAGAGAGAGAGAGAGAGAGAGAGAGAGCCAGACAUUUACAUACAAACAUGAAAGGAAAGAGAAAGAAAAUUGCCUUUAUUCGCUCUUUUUCUUCCAUCGAAAAGCAUUAACCAUCCUAAUGGCAUUUGGUGGCAUUCAAGUUGAAGAAUAGCAUAAGGAAAAUUAUACGCCAAGGACCAUGAGAUGACGUCAAGCGCUAUAAUCCAGUGUCAUGAUAUGGUGACCGUUGUAUGGAAUGUAAACCCAUUGAUGUAUGCGUUUUGACGGGAGAGAAUUCCACAGAAGUGGUAAUAUAAAGAGGAAUAUAUGCAUACCUGUGUGUAUGAGCGUCUGUGCACGAACAAAUAUACAUAUAUUUUGUAAUUAGAUAUAUAGGCGCGUGUGUUAGAGAG